UCAACUGGUGGUGAAAUUGAAUUAAGAAUGUUGAGCCGCCAUCUCCCAGAGGACGUGGUGACUGAAAUUUUGUCGACGCUGCCGGUAAAAUCGUUGAUGCGAUUUAAAUCUGUGAGUAAAGCCUGGUAUGCUCUCAUCAGAAACCCUCAUUUCAUCACAAAGCACCACACUUCCGCCAUUUCUGAUCACAAUCGCAAUCACUGCCGUCGAGUCAUCCUUGAGCGUUACCGAGCAAUAGAUACCCCACGUUUCUCCAUGCACUCUAACGACACCCUGGAGUUUUCCGGCGACAUACAUCUCAUCCCACAAUUGUUCUCAGAAGAUGUUACCCCAGUACUUUUCAUCGGUUCCUGUAAUGGAAUAGUUUGUGCUGUUGGUAUUUCUGCAGAGCGUUUUCAUUUUGGUCCUGAUCCAGACCGAGCUUGGGAGAUAGGGCUUUGGAAUCCUGCAACCAGAGAAUCUAAGAGGCUUCCGUUUGUCCCUCGCCCGCCUGAUUUUGUCCCUUUCCCCCCUGAUUUUCGCGUCCCGAGUUACGAUUUUGGCUUUGGUAUUGAUCUCAACACCAAUGACUUCAAGGUGGUUAAAAUCACGUGCUUCUAUUCUCCGCGGCAUUACCAAGUUGAGGAUCUCCUGCUGACAUUGCCAUUAUCAAUGACUCUGUAGCUGUGAUUUUUCCUACGUCUAUUGUGGAAUGUUCUUGGACUAAACUAUUUACGAUUGCAGUACCCAGCCGUCCUUUACAAUUUCGGGACGAUGGUUUGAUUGUGCUUAACGGCGGCCAUUGUGUUUCAGAUAAAUGUUUGGUAUUGUUUGAUCCAAGAACAGGAGAACUAAAGAAUCUUCCAAUAUAUGACGAAGGCUCGGAAAUGUUUAAGCUGGUGAGUUACAGAGAGAGCCUAGUUUUAGUUAAUGGAUGGAGGAAUGUGCUUGAGCAACAAUACACUUGAUCAUUAUGAUAUUGUUAUCACAGAUUUGGACUAUUAUUAUUUAUGUAUUCCAAGAGGACUAUAGAUCAUUAUCGAUGUUGUGAUUUUGGUCAUGGAGUCAAUUGACUGCUUAUGUAACAAAAGUUGAUUUAGUUGAAGAGUUGGUCCUAUUUUGCUUAAAUACAAUGGUUUGUGGAUUGGAAUUACAUGAGGAGCAUGACGUCCAGGAGUAUGACAGAUUUUAGCUUCAAUUGAGAUGGUUUCACUUUAAAGUAUAUGGCCAUUGGCUUAAUAUUGGACAAAAAGUGAAAGCUCAG